AUGGAACUAAAAGAAGAGAAUGCCAGUUUGAGAAGCAAGAUCUAUAAGCUUCAGAUUUUCUCUGAAACUCAAGCAGACAAGAUGAGGAAGCUUGAAAGAAAGCUUGAGGAAAAGCAAAUCAAGGAAGAAAAAGAGGCACAGGAUUUGGAAGCCAUGGUGCAGAACGUGGAACAGAAUCUCCAGCUGAUGACUAAACGGGCUGUCAGAGCAGAAAGCAGUGCCAGCAAACUGAAGCAGGAGAAUGCUCUGCUGCAGGUUCAGCUGAAGAAUUGCCAGGCAGAGAAUGAAGCCCUGAGGGAGCAGUCAGCCAGCCUGGCUGCUGUGAAGCAGAACACAGACCUGGCCCUGCAGAACCUUCUCACUGUCAUCACCAGCUCCCGCUCCUCCCUCAGGCAGCUCCUCUCGGGAGCGGAAUCCCUGGAGCUCGUCGCCGACCUCCUGAAAUCCAUAGACAGGAUUUCCGAGACGCCACUAAAAGAAGAGAAUGCCAGUUUGAGAAGCAAGAUCUAUAAGCUUCAGAUUUUCUCUGAAACUCAAGCAGACAAGAUGAGGAAGCUUGAAAGAAAGCUUGAGGAAAAGCAAAUCAAGGAAGAAAAAGAGGCACAGGAUUUGGAAGCCAUGGUGCAGAACGUGGAACAGAAUCUCCAGCUGAUGACUAAACGGGCUGUCAGAGCAGAAAGCAGUGCCAGCAAACUGAAGCAGGAGAAUGCUCUGCUGCAGGUUCAGCUGAAGAAUUGCCAGGCAGAGAAUGAAGCCCUGAGGGAGCAGUCAGCCAGCCUGGCUGCUGUGAAGCAGAACACAGACCUGGCCCUGCAGAACCUUCUCACUGUCAUCACCAGCUCCCGCUCCUCCCUCAGGCAGCUCCUCUCGGGAGCGGAAUCCCUGGAGCUCGUCGCCGACCUCCUGAAAUCCAUAGACAGGAUUUCCGAGACGCCAGCGGACGGGCAGUGA